UUGUCGAACGCUACCACGAGCUCGAUCAAGGAGAAAGAGGAGGCCACCGUAGCGCGCUCGACCGGAAAACCGGUGUUCCUUAUACGGCGCGAGACCUGAGCGGUUGCCUGCUGAGGUACCGUCCACGGGUACCCUCCCGUGCGUCAUCUCGUGUGACUGUGCAAGGCCAACACAACUAUCGUGCUAGCAUGCUUGUCUGUCCUGAGGCUGCAGCAUCUUAGAUACCGAGGGCUAGACACCAAUGAUGAUGGAUGAGGACGAGGAGAAGGAUGAGGGGGGUCGAAGAUGAGGCGUGGACGGCAGUCGGGUAGCGCUGGACCCUGCAUGAGCGUCACGAUGGAAAAAGAGGUGAGUGACUCUCGCAUCCCACCCUGCAAUGCGGCAGCUAUUCACCCCGCUGCCCCACGCAGUCGCAUUCCCCGAGUUCCAGCAGUCCUUGCACCGUCUCUUCUGCAGGCGACGCAGCUUCCACCAACGCUCGAGAGUCCCGCUCCGCGUGCAACGGGCCGAGAGAGCGCCGGCUGCAAGAAAAGUGAUGGCCGAGGGCUACGAGAAAUGGCCGCAGCAGCAGUUGAUUGCGCGCAUACAAGAGCUGGAGCAGCUGGUCAAGGGGAACGAGGCGACAUCAGUACACGCGUCUGGCGAAGCUACAACAACCGCAAUUCCGCCACUAGAAGACGAGUCGAGACCAGUUCCGUUCCGCAAACCGGCCAAAGCUCCACCGAAGGCGUUCGAUGCGUCCAAGUACAGCACACGGCUCAUUGCGCUGAAGUUCGCAUACCUGGGGCAGAAGUACAAUGGCUUCGAGCACCACAACAACAACAAGACCCCGCUGCCGACGAUCGAAGAGGAGCUGUGGAAGGCGCUGGUCAAGACUCGCGUGAUCAACCCCACCCCACCGGAGGGCAGCGACACAGACUACAGCAGGGUCGACAGGAAGACGUUCGCGGCCUGGGACAGAGACGGCGCAGAUAUCAAUUGGGAGGGCUGCGAGUACUCGAAGUGCGGGCGGACGGACAGAGGCGUCAGCGCCUUCGGGCAGGUCAUCGGCAUCCGCGUGCGCAGCAACAGACCCCUGCCAAACCCCAACCCCACAGAGUCGUCAGACCAGAACAACGCAACCGAAGACGAAGAGGCAGACCUCCUUGGCCCCGAAAGUGAGCCCGCAACAAAGCCCUUCAACGACCUCACCGACGAACUCCCCUACAUCCAACUCCUCAACCGCGUCCUCCCCCCAGACAUCCGCAUCUACGCCUGGUGCCCGAACCCACCCGCGGAUUUCAGCGCCCGCUUCUCCUGCAAAGAACGACGCUACAAGUACUUCUUCACGAACCCUUGCUUCGCGCCCGUGCCCGGCUCGUCCGGGCUGUACAAGUCCAACUCCAACUCCAACUCCAACUCCAACUCCAACUCCAACUCCAACUCCAACUCCAACUCCAACUCCACCUCCACCUCCACCUCCACCUCCACCUCCACCUCCACUCCAGCAUCUGGCAACGUGCCGAUGCGCGAAGGCUGGCUGGACACGAAGGCGAUGCAGGAAGGCUGCGAUAGACUGGUGGGCCUGCAUGAUUUCCGGAACUUUUGUAAGAUCGAUGCGUCGAAACAACUUACGAACUUCAAACGGCGGAUCUUCCACGCUUCCAUCGACGAGGUCUCUCCUCUUUCGGUCCCCUCGUUCUUGCAACACUCGGCCCUCACGCCCCCAGUAGCGGGCGAGCGGCCGAAGAUGUACGCCUUCACACUCCAUGGCUCCGCGUUCCUCUGGCACCAAGUCCGCUCUAUAGUCUCAAUCCUGUUCCUGAUCGGACAGGGCCUCGAGCCGCCCUCCCUCGUCACAUCCCUCCUCGACAUGGACAAGAACCCCACACGCCCGAAAUACGAAAUGGCAUCCGACGCCCCGCUGGUCCUGUGGGACUGCAUCUUCCCGCACGCAUCGGAAGUCCAGUCCAGCGAAGAGCGGGAAACGGGGUACGAGGAUCGGCUGGAGUGGGUCUAUGUCGGCGAUGAGGGGGGUGUGGAGCCGAAGAGUAGCAAGACGCUCAAGGGUGGGCCGAGUAGUAUGGGAAGGGGGAAGUGGGGGAGGGGAGGCGUGGUGGAUGACGUGUGGGAGGUUUGGAGGGGGAACAAGAUGGAGGAGACGCUGUCCGGGCUGCUUUUGGAUAGGAUUGCGGGGCUAGGGGACAGCACGCUUGACAAGGAACUUCCGGUUGGGCAACAGAGUGUAGGGGCUGCCAGGGGUGGUCCGAGAGUGUUUGACGGAGGCAACUUUGGCAGGGCGAAGGGCAACUACCUCCCCGUUCUGGAUAGGGAGAGGCAAGAGCCGGUGGAGGUGGUGAACGAGCGGUAUGCGAAGAAGAAAGGCCUGGAUCCGAACCGGUACAGGAAGGCUGACGACGAAGACGCUGGAGACUAGCCCGCUCCAGCCGACAUGAAGAGAAUGCAAAGAAACCCACCCUCAAGGCCACACAUCUUAGUGACGCACACUCUUCCUGGCACCAAACUAACCUACAUCCCUAUCCCAGCCUUCUCUUUCAUCCUCCC